CCAGGUCGACCUCCGGAGCACCUUUGCAGGCUCAAUGGACGUUGAAGAUGCAGCCGAGCAUGUUUGAGCAUGUUUUCGCACGUUUGGUUUUUCCCUUCUCUAACUAACUCGCUCACUAUCGGUGCGGUGGAGUUGGCGCAGGCGGUUGUUUGUCCUGUUUUUUUGUUUUGACGGUCACGCCAAUGGUCAAUUUACAAGAGGGAAAAAACAGCUAUAUAUGCCUACAGCCGGCCAGCCACCAACCUGCAUAUUGUAUAUGAACUUCUUCUGGCCGCCGGCUUUUUUUUUUCACCUACCAGUUGCACGCAGCCAAAACAGGCGCACACACGCACACACGCACACACACACACACACACACAAGUAACUAGCCAAAGUACAAAGCCUGCGAAGAUGGACAUGACCAUGGCGAUGACCAGCAACAUGCCCAUGCCGACCGGCGCCCAUGAUAUGCAUCAUGGAGGACAUGGAAUGCCUGCAAUGGAUCAUGGAGCGCACAGCAUGGACCAUGGAAGUCACGGUAUGGGCCAGUGCAAGAUAUCUGUAAGUCAAUUCUCAUCCCACGCGGCUAUCAAACCAUUAGCUUCCCCUGCUCAUAUAAAUAUUUUAGAUGCUUUGGAACUGGAAUGUCAUCGACGCAUGUGAGCACCCUUUUCUCUGUUAACAGAUCCUGGCUUAUCAUGAGCAACCCUUCUUACGAUGUGACGGUAUAGGCUUCAUCUCAUCGACAUGGCGAAUCACGUCCAGGGGGAUGUUUGCCGGCUCAUGUAUCGGCGUGAUACUCCUUGUCAUGUCCCUCGAGUUCCUCCGUCGUCUAGGACGAGAGUUUGAUAAACACAUCGCGGGCCAACCAUCUUUGUUCAACAAACUCGGCUUCGGAACUUCCACCAUGGCUGCUGCAAACUCGCAUCCAGUAGGCAGUGAAUUUACCGAUGAUCCUACCAGCUCCAAGCCGACGGAUGCCAGUGGAUCACCCAAGCUUGUGGGAGGACGACGUUCGCCAACGCUCUUGCAGCACACGCUUCGAUCCCUGCUGCAUAUGGUAACUUUCGGAGUAGCAUAUUUUGUGAUGUUGUUGGCCAUGUACUACAAUGGGUUUUUCAUCAUCUGCAUUCUCAUUGGAGCAUUCCUGGGCCACUUUGUGUUCUCCUGGAAGAGCAAAGAUAAAAGCGACGCAUGUGAGAUCACCGUUUGCUGUGGUUGAGGAAUCGGAUUGCAAAGCGAAAUUAAAAAUAACCCUCUACCCAUGAUCGCUGUUCGCUACAGACCCACUGUUCAUGAUGUUCAUGGACAAAAGAAAAAAGAGAUGCUCGAUACCCUUCCCUGCCAUGCAUCUUGGCCUGGCCAUUACGGUUUUCAGAAUCAAAUUAUGCAUGGAGGACUUUUUUUUUACUCGAAAAUAUGAGAUAUUAAUGUAGACUUAAGACAGAAGAAAUUCUCCAUUCGGAUAUGACCAAGAUUAAUAAUAUAUUCUUUUAUGCAAAAACAGUAUAAUGACAUGUCUAUAAAAAAGGCCUUUUAGUACGCGCGAGCAUGUACUCCAUGUACCAACCGUGCUCAAAAUGUAACUCCAAAUAGCCUCAAAUAUCCAUGAAGUAAUAAUAUGACAGUAAUAAUAUCAACAAGAAUAGAACAGUCCCACCUGGGAAUCGAUUCUCUAAGAAAUGCGCACAUUCCUCCAUACAUCGUUCAUUACCGAUCGUCAAAAUAAAAAUGUAUAUAUGUAGUUAGAGCCAUCCGUCUUCGCGCAUUGAGCUACCUCUUUUGUUUGAAGCGAGGCGACGAAGGCCUUACCCACCCCAUCCCCUCGAAUACCUUGCCUAUUCGCUUGCACUGGCUCGGAAGC